CUUUGUGCGUGUGUGUAUGAGAGAGAGAGAGAGAGAGAGAGAGGACAGGAGGGUGGAAUUUUUUUCCCUUUCCCCUUCAAGAAAGACUCUUCGGAAAUGGGAAUCCAUUAAGCAGAAAAUAAGUUGCGGAGGUCAGAAAAGGGUCUCCUUCGAAUCAUCUUACGCUUGACUGGCUCUUUGUAUGUUAUUUUCAGGAUUACAUCCAUUGCACAGAACUCCUUGAUUUUGUAGUCCUGACUUUGAGCUGGUAAAAAGCUGAGUUGGUUUAAUAUUCAUGGGUGGAUUUGACGACCAUGUUACUAUAAUGGGAGAUUGGAUGCCUCCCAGUCCAAGCCCGAGAACAUUUUUCUUUCCAAUGGGAGAUGAUGUUAGCUUAAGGUCAAUUGCUGAACGAAGUACAGGUGAUAGUAAAAAUGGGGCCUUUUUUUCAUUACCCGACGAACAGAUUAUGCCUGGUAGUACUAAUGAAAAGAAUGGGGAAAUAGCUGGUGAUCAAGCAACUGAGUUAAGUGCAUUUGCUGAGCAGAAAAUGAGCUCUCGAGGAGGUCUUUUGGAAAGGAGGGCAGCCAAAGCGGGUUUUAAUGCUCCAAGAUUGAAUACAGAAAGCAUUAGAUCUGCUGACCUUUCACAGAACUCAGAAGUUCGAUCCCCUUACUUGACAAUUCCACCUGGCCUCAGUCCAACAACCCUUCUGGAUUCACCUGUCUUCCUUUUGAAUUCACUGGUUCAGCCCUCACCAACAACAGGAAAAUUCCCAUUUGCCUCAAUUGCCAACUAUAGGAACUCCACAUUGCAUGCAGAUGUCCCCAGUAAGAGUGAAGAUAAUUUCUUCGAGGGCGUCAAUACCUCAUCCUUUGCAUUCAAACCUGUCGCAGAAUCUGGUCCCUCUCUUUUUCCUGGUGCAACAAACAAAGUAUCUCCAUCUACUUUUCCUCAGCAAUCGUUUCCCAAUAUUGAGGUUUCGGUUCGGUCAGAGAAUUCUCUUCUGUCUCAAAGUGUAGAACCUUCCAAAGUCCCCCCGCAAAAUGGAACCACACUUCAUCUGGAGGCUGACUUCUCUAGAUCAGUUGCCGAAAAGGUUUCUGGAGAUAAUAAUAUCUCAUCAGAUCCAAGGGUUUUUGAUACUAUUGGUGGUAGUGCAGAACAUUCUCCACCUCUCGCUGAGCAGCCAGAGGAGGAUGUAAAUCAAAGAGGAAGUGCAGAUCCCAAUGCCAUUGGUACCCCAGCUGAGGAUGGGUAUAAUUGGAGAAAAUAUGGACAGAAACAAGUAAAAGGUAGCGAGUAUCCACGGAGUUAUUACAAGUGCACACAUCCAAAUUGUCCAGUCAAGAAGAAGGUGGAACGAUCUCAUGAGGGUCACAUCACUGAGAUAAUCUACAAGGGAGCACACAACCACCCCAAACCUCCUCCCAAUCGCAGAUCAGUCCUUGGAUCUUCGAGUGCACUCGGUGACAUGCAACUUGACAUCUCUGAACAUGCAGGGGCAGGUGCUGAUGGUGAUCCAGUUUGGACAACCAUGCAAAAGGCAACUGCUAAUGGAGCCCCUGAUUGGAGGCAUUACAAUCUUGAAGUCACAUCAUCAGCAGCGCUGGGCACUGAAUACUCCACUGCACCUGCCUCUCUGCAGGCUCAGAAUGGCAGUCAAUUUGAAUCAGCUGAUGCAGUUGAUGGCUCUUCUACUUUUACAAAUGACGAAGAUGAAGAUGAUCGUGGAACACAUGGCAGCGUAUCAUUGGGUUAUGAUGGUGAAGGAGAUGAAUCUGAGUCAAAGAGAAGGAAAAUUGAAGCAUAUGCCACAGAAAUGAGUGGGGCCUCCAGAGCCAUCAGGGAGCCUAGAGUGGUGGUACAAACAACCAGUGAGGUGGAUAUACUUGAUGAUGGGUAUCGCUGGCGCAAGUACGGGCAGAAAGUAGUGAAAGGAAAUCCAAAUCCAAGGAGUUAUUACAAGUGCACGAGUGCAGGCUGCACUGUAAGGAAGCAUGUGGAAAGAGCUUCACAUGACCUCAGGUCAGUGAUCACCACAUAUGAGGGGAAGCACAAUCAUGAUGUCCCUGCUGCUCGCAAUAGCAGUCAUGUUAGCUCGGGUGUUUCCAAUACUAUGCCAACUCAAACUGCUGCUAUUCAAAGUCAUGUACACAGGCCUGAACCAUCACAAAUUCACAACAGCAUGGCAAGGUUUGAAAGACCUCCACUUGGUUCGUUCGGUCUAGGAAGUUCACAGCUUGGACCUUCUCAUGGCUUCGGUUUUGGAAUGAACCAAUCAGGUCUGACCAAUUUAGCAAUGGCUGGGUUGGGUCCUAGCCAAAGCAAGCUACCUGUUAUGCCUACUCAUCCCUAUUUAGGACAGCCACGCACAAUGAAUGACAUGGGUUUCAUGUUGCCCAAAGGAGAACCAAAGGUGGAGCCUAUGACAGAACCUGGUCUGAACCACUCCAACGGCUCUUCAAUUUAUCAACAACUUAUGAGUAGGUUGCCUCUAGGUCCUCAUGUAAAUUUAUAAUUUUUUUUUGACCUUUUUCAAAGAAAGGGCAGUAGAAAGUUACAAGUUUAUAGUGAGAUGGGUAUUUUACUGCUGAUGCGUCUUAUUGUCGAAUGGUUUGUUUUUUUUUUUUGAAAAAAAAAUAAAAUUCUUCAGAAAUGAUCCGAGAAU